AUGCAGGGCCACAAGGCAGAGGUGGAGGUCGAUGGGCCGUGCUUUCACGACGCCGUGCAGGCACAGGAACAGGAUGCGGCAAAGUCGGCAGGCAGCUCCGAACCUCGUCUUGGCUCGAUUCGAUUCGACUCGACUCGACUCGAUUCGAUUCGAUCCGACCCGAUGUCGUCGUCGGCGCUCAACCCGCCGCCUCGGUUGGCCGCGCGGCGCAACCGGGAUCGAUCCGACUCGCACUCUUCCGACGCCUCUUCGCACGCCUCGCACGAGUCGCACUCGUCGCACUCGUCGUACGCGCGGAGGCAUCCCGACCGCGUACCCCCAAAGCCGCCGUCCAUCAACCGCCCGUUUCUCGGCAUCCUCGCCGUCCUGGCCCUGGUGCUCUACUACCACGCUGCCGCCCUGUGGCUGUUUACAAAGGGGUUCCUCCUCACCAGGGUCGAGCUCGACGGCCGCAACUCGUGCUUCAAGCAGCCUUCCCAGUCGUGGUCCACCCCUACCCCGCCGUCCUCGUUUGACCGCCCAGCGCUGGCGCAGUGGUCGCGCUCCCUCGAUCCGCACACGGGACAGGGCGAGUGCACCCUGCCAGAGACGCACUCCAAGGCCGUCCUGCUCAUCAUCGACGCUCUCCGAUACGACUUCAUCGCACCCAUCCCGCCCAUCUCGGCCGCCCACCCACCCGACGGCAGCCCGACAUGGAAGCCCGACCCGCACUACCAUGCCAAGCUCACCCUCCCCUCGGAACUCCACGCCAUGAACCCUCCAUCCUCGUUCCUGGCGCACUUCCUCGCAGACGCACCCACCACCACCCUGCAGCGCCUCAAGGGCCUCACCACGGGCACCCUUCCCACGUUCAUCGAGGCGGGCGCCAACUUUGGCGGCAUGGGCAAGGUGGGCGAGGACAACUGGCUCGAACACUUCCGCCUCAAGGCCAUCCGCGACGGCGCCCGCAACGAUAGCGCCGGCCUCGCCUUUGCCGGAGACGACACCUGGUCCACCGUCUUCCCCUCCAUCUUCGAUGCCGACAAGACCUGGUCGUACGACUCGUUCAACGUCGAGGACCUCGACACCGUCGACCGCGGCGUCGAGCAGAGCCUCCUCCCCUUUCUCCAGCGCAACCAUCCUGACCGCACCGGGCUCCACAACGGCUGGAGGCUGCUCGUCGGUCACGGCCUCGGCGUCGACCAUGUCGGCCAUCGCUUCGGCGCGUCGCACCCCAAGAUGGCCACCAAGAUGCAAGAGAUGCAGCGCUUCCUUCGCAACGUCACCGACGCCGUCGACGACAGCACCCUGGUCAUCCUCAUGGGCGACCACGGCAUGGACGAGCGCGGGGACCACGGCGGCGAUGGGGAGCUCGAGGUCGGCGCGGGCCUGUGGGUCUGGAGCCGUUCGGGCUUCGGUAAGACUGGCCUUGCAAGCGACGUCCACAGCACCUUGCUUGCCGAUGGACCCACCUACCAGCUCGUGCCCGCCUUUGUUCCCUUUUCGCCACUGCCCUCGCCGCCCUUUGAUCCAAAGGGUCACCGCUCGAUCCCGCAGAUCGACCUGGUCCCUUCGCUCUCCCUCCUUCUUGGUCUGCCGAUCCCGUUCAACAGCCUCGGCUCGAUUGUUCCGGAGCUGUUCCCUGAUCCGGACAGGCUGCUGCGGGCGCUGCGCAUCAAUGCGUGGCAGAUCAAGACAUACCUCGACCGCUACUCGACCGAGUCGUCGGAUCUGGCCCCCUUUGCGACCGAGCUCGAGGACCUGUGGUACCAGGCCGUGGAGGCGGAUGCCAGGCUUGCCCAGGCUGCGUCCGGCUCCUGGUCGAAGCUCCCUCAGGCGGAAGCGCGUCGCGCGGCGGCACUGGCCUACCAGCGCUUCAACCGCGCCAGCCUGGUCCGCGCCCGCAGCGUAUGGGCGCAAUUUGAGCUCUCGAGGAUCUUCAUGGGCCUGGCGGUUCUCGCGCUCAGCCUCGUGUCCGCCUCGGUCCUCUACGCCGGCUGCAAGUCCGGACUCGUGACCCUCCUCGACACCGCCACCGAGCUGGGUGCCUCGGCUGCCAACCCAGCGCCCGUUGAGAGGAUGGCUCGGCCGAGCAAGACGGCAGCAGAGUAUUGGCAGGCUGUCCAUGCCAGCGCCAUUUGGCCUGCCGUCUACGGAGCCGCUGUCGGGUGCGCCGUCUAUGGGGCCCAAUACGCCGCGCCUUCGAGGUCGCUGCGGCUUAGCCUGCUUGAUCUGGUCCUGUUCGGAUCAACCUCGGUGUCGCAACUGAGCCUGAUCAUCUCGCAGCGCAAGGCACUGCGAUCGCUGUUCCGCUUCGAAGCGCGCACGCUGCCAUCUGGCAAGGCUCUGCAGGUGCUCGGCAUCGCCAUCCCAGUCCUGCACGCCGUCCUGUUCGGCAGCAACAGCUUCACGGUCUGGGAGGACAAAGCCGUCCUCAUCUUCCUGAUCGCCGCUCUAUCGGCCCGCUUCGUGGCGGGUUUCGGCGCUCCGCUGGGCCGACUGCGGAUCCGGAUGCCGCUGGUUGCGGCCGCGGGAAUCGUGCUCGCCCGCCUCGCUGCCAUCAGCCGCGUCUGCCGAGAGGAGCAGGCGCCGUACUGCCGUCCCACCUUUUACGCCAACGGCGGCGAGGGUGGCACCGCGCUCAACAGCCCGUACGCCAUCGCCGCUUCGUACGUCGCAGCGUACUUUAUGCCGAGCCUGCUAUCGAUGGCGCUGGGAUCGAGCAAGUCCAACGUCGGGGUGGCGCCCCUCGUCCUCAACUGGCUGCUGAGGCCCUCGCUGCUGGCGGGCGCCGGCUACUGGCUGGGCGACUGGGCGGCGCCCUCGGAUCAGGUCACGCCAGAGCUGCGGUCUUUCAUCGAAUGGGCGACACGCCUCGUCGCCCGGGCGGAUCUCAUCGCCCUCAGCGUCGUCGGCAUCACAUUCUGGAUCUUUGCGCCGCUCUGUCUGGAGCUGAGGCAGGAGCAGGCUCCUCCGCCGGCUGCCGCCCCACAGCCGGGAUCGCAGCUGUCCGGGCAAGGAUCGUCGCCGACGUCGACAGGGGAGGGAGGCAACAAGACCCGCGUCUCGAUCCUCGGGUACGCAAACAGCCUGGGCAGCUCGUAUCUGCUGCUCGUCUCGCUCGUCUUUUCGAUGCUUUACAUCCUCAGCCAGCCGGCGGGCCAGCUGGCGCUCUCCCUCUGCCUGCUGCUGACGGUGGCCAAUGCCGAGCUGGGCGACUGCGAGCGCGACUGCCAGAUCAUCUUUGCGCAGGUCGACCGCCAACCCGACCAGCCCGCUCCCGGUGCUGCACCUUCAACAAGCAAGAAGGGUCAGCCGUCGCAACCGAAGGUAUCGCCACUGGUCGCGGCGGCCGAAGCGGCCUCGGGACCUGCCGGCGGUGUCGGAGAUGGCAAUGGCGGGCAGGCCUCUGCGUCUGCGACGCAGCCGAUGCCGUCGUUCCUCGAGACGAGCACGCUGGCGCUGGUGGGCCUGCUCGCCUUCUUCAGCACGGGCCACCAGGCCACGCUCUCGUCGAUCCAGUGGCGCGUCGCCUUUAUCGGCUUCCAGACCGUCACCUACCCGUGGUCGCCGCUGUUCGUGGUGGCCAACUCGUUCGGGCCGCUCAUCCUCCUCCCCGCCAUGGGCGUGCCGCUGCUGUGCCUCUGGAACCUGGCACCGCGACCGCGGGGCGCGGCCGGAGGGCCCAUGACGCUCCCGCUGACGCUGCUCCGCACCAGCCUGGGGUUGGUGCUCUACCAUGCGCUCCUGGCCACGAGCUGCUCGGCGUUCGCCGGGCUCGUGUUCAGACGGCACCUGAUGCUCUUCAAGGUGUGGACGCCCCGGUUCAUGCUCGCCGCCGUCUCCCUCGUCGGCACCGAGGUCGCGCUGCUGCUCGCGCUCCUCGCCGCCUGGCAGACGGCCAACAAGGUCAACCGCGUCUUUGGCACCGUGUUUGCUUGA